CGGUCUACAUCCAUUUGCACGAUUGGUCAAAAUUAUGCACCGGAAAAACACGACCUCCAAAAAAAUUGAAAAUUGCUGAAAAAUGGCAUCUAAAAUUCCAGAAAAAGCGUUGAAUUUGAUUCGAAAUAUGCCUCGAGUUAAACUCAACUCUCUUAAACCUUUACCAGGAGAAUACACAAUUGGGAAAAAACGAAGAAGAAAUAGACACAGUGGGUUUAAAAGUGGGCGUGGGGACAAAGGUCAAGGCCAGAGAAUGACAUUGCCUAGGAUUGGAUUUGAAGGUGGAAAUACUCCAUUCUAUUUAAGAAUUCCAAAAGAACCGUAUUACAAAGGACAUCAUGUUCGCAGGGAAUAUCCACCAUUUUCACUGCUGCAGUUGCAGCGGAUGAUUGACACCGGCCGUAUAGACAUUAACCAGCCUAUUGAUCUGACAACAAUAUGUAAUACACACAUUUACAAGAUUAACCCUAUGGACAAGGAAUUUGGUGUAAAUCUCACAGACGAGGGGGCAGAAAUAUUUACAGCAAAGAUAAACAUAGAGGUGCAAUGGGCAGAAGAAUCAACAAUUGCUGCCAUUGAAAGGAAUGGUGGAAUGAUAACUACCAGGUACUUCAGCUCAGAAUGUGUGGAAGCAAUGUGUAAUCCAUUAAAGUUUUUCUCAAGGGGAAUUCCUAUUCCAAGAUGCCCACUACCACCAGAGAACGCAUUUGAAUAUUACACAAACCCUGAUUUUAGGGGAUACUUAGCUGAUCCAGAAAAGGUGAAAGAAUCUAGAUUUAAACUAGCACAGAAGUAUGGCUAUGAAAUGCCAAAUUAUGAUGAGGACCUGAAAAAAGAGCUAUUUGAAAUGCGAAAGGAUCCAAGGCAGAUUUAUUUUGGAUUAAGUCCAGGUUGGAUAGUUUGUCUGAAGGACAAAGUUAUAAUUAAACCUAAAGAUCCAGAAUAUGAGGAAUUUUACCAGUCAUGAUUAUAUAUUCCAAACUGUUGCAGAGAAUUUUUUAAAUAAAGUGUUCAACAGCU